AUGGCAGGUCCCGGCUCGUCCUUUGCCGCGCGCAGGAAGGCCGUCAAGAAGGGCGUCCAGUUCACGCUUCUCGUGGUCGGCCAGUCGGGCACCGGUCGCACGACUUUUGUCAACACGCUGUGCGAGACGCCCGUCAUCGCGCACAAGGCGCCCGUCGCGCCGGAAAUGGCCCACCUCGAGGACGGCAUCAAGAUCAACCCGGUCAACGUCGAGCUCGAGGAGGACGGCGUGCGCAUCUCGCUCACGGUCGUCGACACGCCCGGCUUUGGCGACCAGAUCGACAACGAGUUCACGUUCAACGAGAUCAUGGGCUACCUCGAGCGCCAGUACGACGAUAUCCUCGCCGAGGAGAGCCGGAUCAAGCGCAACCCGCGCUUCCGCGACAACCGCGUGCACGCCCUCCUCUACUUCAUCACGCCGACCGGUCAUGCCCUGCGCGAGCUCGACAUCGAGCUCAUGCGCCGCCUCUCGCCUCGCGUCAACGUCAUCCCCGUCAUCGGCAAGUCGGACACGCUCACGCCGAGCGAGCUCCAGGGCUUCAAGCGCCGCGUCAUGGAGGACAUCGAGCACUACAGCAUCCCGGUCUACAACUUCCCGUACGACGCCGAGGAGGACGACGAGGAGACGAUCCAGGACAACAGCGAGCUGCGUGCCCUCAUGCCGUUCGCCAUCGUCGGGUCCGAGGACGAGGUCGAGGUCAACGGCGAGCCGAUCCGCGCGAGGAGGUACCCUUGGGGCCUCGUCGAGGUCGACAACCCGCAGCACAGCGACUUUCAGCGCCUGCGCAACGCCCUCCUGUCGACCCACUUGACCGACCUCAAGGAGAUCACGCACGACCAUCUCUACGAGAUGUAUCGUACGGAAAAACUGUCCAGGAGCAUGGUGGGCGACGCCGGCGGUCCCGACUACUCGGCGGACCAGGAUGGGUCCGUCCUUCCCGAGGACAUGGCGACGCAGUCGGUGCGCCUCAAGGAGGACCAGCUCCGUCGCGAGGAGCAGCAGCUUCGCGACCUCGAGCUCCGCUCGCAGCGCGAGCUCGCCGAGAAGCGCCAGGAGCUCCUCGCGCGCGAGGAGGUGCUGCGCAACCUCGAGGCGCGACUCGCGCAGGCGCAGACGAGCGGGACGCCGCCGCCCCAGCAGCAGCAGCAGCUCAGCAUGAGCCAGCACGGCGCCAUGCACCCGAACCUCACGCCGGGCGGGUACGCCGCCGAGGAGCAGCAGCACCUCCACAACGGCAUGCAGCAGCAGCACUGA